CUCUCUCUCCCCCGCUCCCCACAUUCCACCCAAGGCGAUUUUCAGUUCUUCCGCGGGAGCCGACAUGGAAAGUUCUUCCGCCGCCGUCACCACCACCACCGCCGCCGCCAUGGAGGUCGAUGCCACCGCGAACCCGCCGCGUCAGCCAUCAGUUCAAUUCGCCCAAAAACCAAACUUCCGGCCCCUAAAAGCGCACGAAAUCUCCGGCGGCCAGAUCCAAUUCCGCAAAGUCUCCGUCCCGCCGCACCGCUACACGCCGCUGAAGAAAGCCUGGCUCGAAAUCUACACGCCGAUCUACGAGGAGAUGAAGAUCGACAUAAGGAUGAACCUCAAAGCCCGGCGGGUCGAGCUGAAGACCCGGCCCGACACGCCGGAGGUCGGAAACCUCCAGAAGUGCGCCGACUUCGCACACGCGUUCAUGCUCGGCUUCGACGUGAUCGACGCCGUCGCCAUGCUCAGAAUGGACGAGCUCUACGUCGAGUCCUUCGAGAUCAAGGACGUCAAAACCCUAAAAGGGGAGCACUUGUCACGCGCCAUUGGGCGAUUGAGCGGGAAAGGCGGAAGGACCAAAUUCGCAAUUGAAAACUCUACGAGGACCAGGAUUGUAAUUGCUGACACGAAGAUUCACAUACUCGGUUCGUUUGCGAAUAUUAAGGUUGCGAGGGAUUCGCUCUGCAGCUUGAUUUUGGGUUCCCCUGCUGCUAAAGUUUACUCCAAGCUUAGAGCUGUCAGUGCUCGCCUUGCCGAAAGGUUAUGAAUUUUGAAUUUUUUUUUUUUUUGAAUUUUUGUUUUGAAUUAAUCAGUUUUUUGCUAUUUGUGAUAUAUAGUAAUGGGUGUUCUGAGUUAUCUGUUUGUUACGAGAUACUGAAAUUUUGGCCCGUUUAGUAAUUCGAACAUUAUGCGUAUUGGUAAUUUAUCGGUAGGUGUGUUCUUUUUCGUGCAAUUUGUGAGCCCGGCUUCGUGUCUGGUAGUUUGAUUUUGAAUUGGUAGUUUAAUUUUGAAUGUAAUUAUGUCUUUCAGUUCUUAUCGGAAUUGUUAUGCGUUUCUU